GCAAGGGUCCGUGGGGUGAGGGAUCAUCUGGCCCUGGACCUCCUCAAAUGGGCAUCUCCAGGCACACAAGCCUGACAAGCAAAUGUACUGGAGGCAAAAGAAAGGCCUUCAGUGACUACUGGGCACUGGAUGGGCCCUAAUGGGUGGGCCAUCACCAGCUGGGGGUGAUGCAAAGUAUCUCCACACCUGGGUGCUGAGGCUGAUGUCAAGACGCUCCCCGAGCUUGGGCUUUUACUGCCCUGGGAGCAACAAAGCGGUGACCAGCCCUCCGAGCGUCCCACGGCUUGAGCAGUGUGGGGAAAGGCUGGCUGGAGCAAAGCAGAAACGGGACCCUGCCUGGACAAGAGCAGACCCCAGGAGCGAUAACUAUUGCAACUAGAACCAUUAUCAAAGACUGAAGGAGGCUGGUCAGCAACCCAGAAGGAGGAAAUACAAACAUGUCUGAGCUUUCCCCAAACAGUGGGUUUCUAGUUCAGCAUCGGUGGCUUCUGAGUGUUUGGAACUGGGACACAACACUCACCCAUUGACAGGUUCAGAACUCCACAGCUACCUUUUGCCUCUGACAGCACCAAGUCUCUCACACGGCUCGGUUUGGAAUGGUUUUCCAUCCACCACCCAGUUUGUGUUGGGGCCUCUUCCCACCCCUUUCAGAAAUGCCUUGGCCUACAAUCCCACCACUUGUCUACUAUGGGCCCUUCCUGAUAAAUGGGGCCAAGGGAGAGCACGGCCAGUGUCCAGGAGAUCCCAGGAGAGCUGGAUGGAAUCGGGAAUAUGGGGGGCCGUCAGAACAUGGCCACAGAAAAUUGGGGGGUGCAGGGACAGGUUGGCCCACACAUGCCCUCCAUGGAACUGGCCCUUCUGGGUGGGGCAGCGGGGGCUUCGGCCGCUCCUCUGUGAGGUCACAGCGGGAUUGUGAGGUCACCGAGCCACCAUAAGUACUGACGGCUCAGCCCGUGCUCCCCAGUGCAGCAGCAGCAGCACUUGCAGCAGCAGCACGAUGCAAGCGAAGGGGGCCAUGGCCCCUGCCCAACGCUUCCUCCUCAUCCUCUUCCUCCUGGUGGCCCUGCACACCAGGGUGGCCUGGGCUGCUCCCUGGCAACCUCGGGGAGCAGGUAAGCGAAUGGCAUUGGCAACCUCCACCCACCUCUGGCUCCCACCUGGUCACCUGAGCCCCUUGCAGUCCCUGCAGGUCCCUAAGGCAGAAAUGGAUCCCAACGUGCAAUGGAAACCUUUCUCAUCUCUGCUUGCUUCUAGAUGAGGGUGAUGGAAAUGGAUAUCCUGCUUAUCCACUGGAUCUUGGAUUGCAUCCCUUAGGGCUUCCUGCAGGUCUUCCAAGAGAGAAGUACCCAGCAGAAGGCGGGGAAGAGUCCCCGGAGCCAUCUGAAGUCCUCAGGGACAUUCUGAAGGAACAGAAGGGAGGAUACGGUGGGUGUAUUUCACUCUGCGGUAGCCGUGGGACUCGGACACCAGAGGUUUUUGCUCCACGCCUGGACGGGCUGUAGCCUGCAGAGCAGGAAGGGAUCCAUCAGAGCGUCACCGCAGCCACGCUGGGUUUCAGCCCUUGCGGGCGCUGCCAAGCCACGAGGAUGGUCUAGGGCCUCUGCGGCCAGUGGUGGCUCCAGCCAGGUGCCUGAUGCAGCCGCUGCCCCACUUUGACCAUGAGGACUCAGAGCUGUUUGCACAGAGGUCGGGAGGCAGAUUUGGGGUCCUGGCACGUGCUGCACUUGUGUCCAGCUGCCCCAGCUCUGCUGGCGCAAUGGGCCAGUUCCAGGGGGGAGCAAGGUCCCAGGCAACUCUGGCUGCCCUUUCCUAGUCCUGCAAGGCAGCUGGAGAUGCUGAUUCGGAAGCUUUUGGGGUUGUGCUCGAUUUCCCGUCUGCAGACCAACAGCUGGGAUGGGAGGAAUUGUUUCUCACCCUCAUGGGUGUCUCGGAGAAGUACUGCCUCCUGAAGGUGCCACCUCCCUGCUGGGGAAGGCUUCCAUCUGACCCAACUGUCCCACUUCCUUUCUCUAGUGAUGGACCAAGAGGCUGUGCAGGAGGUGGUGUUUCCAGAAGGACACAGCAACUCACUGCCAGUCCCGGGUGGAGCAAGAGAGGCCAUGACAGAUGCCGUCAGAGAGGAAAUCCCAGCUGUUCCCAAAACCAAGAGCACGGCAAAGAUCAUCAAUGCCCAAGAUCUGCAAAUGAACUGGAUCAUUGGGACACCAGCAGCCCUGGCUUUCGUGCUCUAUACAACAGUCAUUUGCUCCAUUGUCAUUCUCCAGCGAUGGUUGAAGAAAAUGAGAGACGCCUCUGCAGUUUCAGAAGCCCAGCUGGAAGUUGGCGGCUGCUCUGGCACCACUGAGAGAUGGACCCAACGCCAGCAGACGCCGCUCCCACCUGCAUCACCGGUGGCACGACCGCCCUCCCAGGAGCCCCUGCUCCCCACCAGCCUCUCCCCAGCCAGCCUGGACCAACAGGAGAACCCGUCCAGCCCUGUCCGGCCCCAGACUCCACCAAAAGAGCCCCCAUGCCACACCACCCCACUACAUCAAGAGCCCUUCCCGGCGGCUCAAUCCCCACUCGGCGCUGGGGCUGCCCCUCAAACGUACCCACUGGGACAGUUCCCAUUGGAAGCUCAAGACCCAGCAGCUCCAGCCGAGGGGAUGUGCUCAGGGGGCUCCUCCAGGACACCCCACACCCCACGGGGUGGGCAGCCCGACCACCAGCCUCAGUGCCCUGCCUCUGGCUCUGGCCACCAUCCCAAGGUCACCCCGGAGCUCCUCGGGGACUGCUGCGGCCUCCACUGGUCGCUCCCCAGGCUGGCCCAGCUCCAGAAGAGACUGGCCAGGGGGGUGUCCUGGUUCCUCCCUAGAAGGAAACGAAGAAGCAGGAGGCAGCCACGCUCUAAGGCCUCCCACAGGGCCGUGAAGCGAGAAUCGGGAAAAAAAC